AUGGCGCCAAGUCAGGAAAAGGCUCCCCAACCGGAAGACACAGAGACCAGUAGUAUCCAUGUCGCCGAGACUGAGGGCGGCCUGCACCGUCGCCUCGACAAUCGACAGAUCCAACUUAUCGCCGCUGGUGGUUCGAUCGGUACGGCGCUUUUCAUCAGCAUUGGCGGAGGUCUCGCCAAGGGCGGCCCGGCUAGUCUUCUGCUCGCCUACACUCUCUACUCCGGCGUCCUCGCCCUCGUGAAUAACUCCAUCGCCGAGAUGAAUACCUACAUGCCGCUGCCGGGAGGCUUUAUCCGCCUCGCGGGCUACUGGGUGGAUGAUGCCUUGGGCUUUGUCGCCGGCUGGAAUUUCUUCUUCUACGAGGCGUUGCUGAUUCCAUUCGAGAUUACGGCUCUCAGCUUGGUCAUGUCUUUCUGGAAUAGCAAUGUCACGGAGCCCGGCCCAACCGCUGGUGUCUGUGUUGCGGUCAUUAUAUGCUAUGCCGUUCUCAAUAUUCUCGCGGUGCGAAUGUACGGAGAGGCGGAAUUCUGGCUGUCCGGGGGGAAGCUCAUUCUCGUCUUUAUCCUCUUCUCGUUUACAUUUAUCACGAUGGUCGGCGGGAAUCCCCAGCAUGACGCGUAUGGCUUUCGCUACUGGAAGAACCCCGGUGCUUUUGCCGAGUUCCAUACCACGGGAAGCCUGGGUCGUUUUGAAGGCUUUCUUGGCGCUCUUUGGAGCGCCGCCUUCUGCGUGGUCGGCCCCGAGUAUAUCUCGAUGGUGGCCGCGGAGGCGAAACGCCCCAGGACAUACAUCAAGUCCGCCUUCAAGACCGUCUACUAUCGAUUUUGCAUCUUCUUCAUCGUCGGAGCACUGGCGGUUGGAAUCGUAGUAUCCUACAAGGACCCAGCCCUGGUCGAGAUCUACUUCGGCAGCGGUGGUGGCAGUGGCACGGCAGCAGCCUCGCCCUAUGUCAUUGCGAUGGAGAACCUCGGGGUCAGUGUCCUCCCGCACAUCGUGAACGCAUUGAUCUUCACCUCCAUCUUUUCUGCGGGCAACACGUAUACAUACUGCGCGACGCGAUCACUAUAUAGUUUGGCCCUCGAAGGCCGCGCUCCCCGCUUUCUCCGUUACUGUAACAAGAGUGGCGUACCGAUCUAUUGCUUCUGUGUCGUCAUGCUGUUCCCCUUACUUUCAUUCCUCCAGGUCAGCAACGGUUCCGCAAAGGUCCUAACAUGGCUCGUGAACAUCAUGACCGGCGGUGGCUUGAUUACCUUCCUCAUUAUAUCCAUCACAUACCUCAACUUCUAUAGGGCCUGUCAAGUCCAAGGAGUGGACCGCAAGACCCUACCGUACUGCGGAUGGUUCCAGCCUUACGGGGCUUGUAUUGCCCUCUUCAUUCAAACCCUUGUCCUCAUAUUCUAUGGAUACAGCUCCUUCACCCCGUGGAGCGUCGCCAACUUUUUCUCUAAUUAUACCAUGCAGCUUGUGGCCCCUUGCUUCUUCAUCGGCUGGAAGUUGAUCAAGCGAACGCGCUAUGUCCGACCCCAUGAAGUCGACCUAGUCUGGGAGAAGCCCGCCAUCGAUGCGUACGAAGAAUCAUAUACUACGCCCCCGACCGGUUUCUGGGAGGAGAUGGGUCACCUCGUGGGCAUCCGGCGCAAGGCCAAGGCGCAGAUGAACGCCUAG